GCCAAGUCUUUCUCUACUAACUCACCUGAAUAUUUCAUCGCCCUUGAAUCUUCUCUUCUUUCUAUUCCCCGCUCUCUCAUAUCAACAUAGAUUCAAGUCUGGUAUAUGCCCCGGAUCCUUGCCAGUCAUUCGCAAUGCCUCAAUUGCCUUGCUAAUCGCGCGACCAUGCGCUUCUGCCUCUGGGCUGACCCCACUCGCCGUACAAUUCCGGCUCGAGAAGCUUCGUCCCUGAAACCACCCGAGAAGGCGUCAUCUCCAGGCACUGCGGCACAGCUUGUUUCGUCUGUGUUACCGACACGGACAGCAAGGAGUCUGGGUAAAUUUAGGAAAGAUCUCGGUAUCACUUCCAGGAAUAUACUACGUAGCCGGAUACAAUGGAGUGUCAAUGCAGAACAGGACCGACGGGUGCAGUCUCCAUGGAUGGAUCGCUGGGACGCAGGUCGUCAAUGGCCUGAUGGACUCUCGCAAUUAGAUGCGGAGAUCCGCGCACUUGAGGAAUACUUGUUACCAACACCUUCAGAGCAGGAUAAGAUAAACCUCAUUGUUUCAGAAGUUACCAGCGCACUCACAAAUACUAUGCCUUAUGCGCCUCUGGUGAUCGGUUCUCGGAGAACUGGAUUCGCAAUGAGCCAUUCAAGUUUGGACUUCAUCCUGCCCGUGCCGGAUCCAGCCCGAUCGAGCGACAGGGUUCGGAAACCGAGUCCGACACGGCCACAGGUCCUCGAUCUUUAUAGUAACCUGUUACGUCGUGUGAAAUGUACCCUUGAGCAAUGUUCAGCGUUUAACGGCCGCGUUGAGUCGAUUGGCAAACGGAACUCUAUUUUGAUUGCCGUUCACCAUGAGACUGGCGUGCGAGUGCAGCUCCACUGUGGUGAAGGCUUACCAUCAUCUGUUGAAUAUAUACACGACUAUUAUGCAGAAUAUCCUGCGAUCCGACCACUAUACAUGGUCACUCGUCUGAUCUUGGAGGCGCGGGAGUUAUUCGGUAGACAUAAAGCAUCUAUCGGACCUGAUACGCUCGUGAUGCUUCUUGUGGCAUUUUUGAAAAUGAACCACGGCCGAUUUCAGGGCCCAGGGAGCCUAGGGGAACAGCUCCUUGCCUUUUUAAAUGUGCACGGCUCUGGGGUCGAUCUGACAAGAACCGGUGUUUCCGUGGAUCCACCGAGCUUUUUCAAUGAAGAUACUGUGAAAGAUAUAGUCCGAACUUACGACGCAGAGUACUUGCCGGCCCACCUUCGCGGUCAGCGUGCACUUGUUAACCAGAAAAGAACGGCGACCGCCAAGGGCAACUUAACCGCAGCCUCAAGAUUAUGCCUACAGGAUCCUGCCAAUUACAUGAAUGAUAUCGGCCGUGCAUGUUCUCGUACUCGUGAACUCCAAUAUGUCUUUGCACGCGCGUACGACAGUCUCAGCGUGUGCCUCGGUGCGUGGAAACGUGAUGGUUCGAUAAACAGCCUUCUGGCCUCAGCUCUACAGGCAAAUUUUGAUGACUUUGGCAAGGCGCGAGCGCAAAUUAUUUGGGCUGGAAGAGGUUCUCUUUACACCACACACACACAUGAGGGUCGACUAUCAAUACUUGAAAAGUAGGGUACUGCAUUGCCAUGAUACAUAACUGGAUCUAAACAAAAACCAUCCUAUUGUACUAUAUCAUAUGGAAUUCACACUGCUUGAGAUAUUUCCUUCGGCUCAUGUUCAUUGACAGUACUGGAAAUCCCCAGCAUUUGCAACAGAAAUUAGAACGUUCCUGUGAACCAGAAGGAAUGAAAAGAAGGGGAAAGAAAGAGCGGCCGCUAUGCAGAAGACGUAUUAGGAAUAAAGAAGAGACGGCAAAUUAAAAGAGAACAAACCGAAGGAACAGGGGAAAUCUGGUCGGAGAAAGAGGAAGGCAGCGAAACCAACAUAUGUACGAAGUACUAG